GCCACGGCACCGACAUUUAAAGACGGGGACAAAGUCACAAAAGCUACGUUUUUACAGGGGAUUGGGGGCAGGCCGAGGGGUCUUUUUAAGUGUAUUACAAAUUUACCAGCAGCUACAUUGCCGGUAUAUUUGUAAUACCGGCCCCGGCAGGUGUUUUACCGGCUAGGCCGGUCGGAUGGCAACACUAGCUGUAAGAUGCCAUAGAAAAUCACUAUUUAGUGAGCUGCUGUAGCCUGUGGGCUGUUUGGGCCUCUGUGUACUUGGAAUGCCAGGGCUUAUUUUGAAUCCCAGCCCUGUGAGGUAGCCACUAACACCAGUGGUUCUGCUACAAGAGAACACCCUAUUCACAUAUCAGUAAAUUCUCCUCAGUGCAGUGCUCUAUCCAAUCACAAAGAUCAUAUUCCUUCAUUGUGUGGUAUCAAAUGCCUUGGCUACAUGUGAUUCUUAGGUCACUGUUUAAUGUGUAGUCACGUGACGCGGAGCAAAGCAGGAAGAGCGAGUCUAGUCAGUGGCACCGCGCAACCCACACAGGCAGGUCUAACUUGUUGCGCCGAGAGAGGCGGCAGGAGCACGAGGAGAAGCUCACUGAGAAUGACAUUUAGCGCUUAGUGAGAGGGCAAUAAGCCAAGGCUGUAACGGACAGCGAAUUGAGCGGUAACACAGAAUCAAUAUCAACCCUGUUCCCGCGCAGAGAUUCGCUGCCAAGUGAACCAACGGCUUGUCGAGCUGUGAGACUUUUAUUCACUGUCCGUUGUUUCCCAGCAAUUACAGAUUCCAAUUGAACAUCCCUGCCGCCAGGGGUCGCUGUUCUCUCGCAUAGUCUUCUGGACUGCAGCGUCGGCGCGUCUGUUCUGCUGGGGAAUCCGCAGUCGCUUCCUGGCUGAGCAUGGCGAACGUGCUGUGUUGCUUCAGGUGCUGUAUGGAUGACGGCUCUGGGCACAUUCCGCUCAAGGAGAUGCCGGCGGUGCAGCUGGACACGCAGCAUAUGGGAACGGAUGUUGUAAUCGUCAAAAAUGGGAGGCGAAUCUGUGGCACAGGGGCCUGUCUUGCCAAUGCACCUCUUCAUCAGAACAAAAGCUAUUUUGAGUUUAAAGUACAAUCUACAGGUAUAUGGGGCAUUGGAGUUGCAACACAAAAAGCAAAUUUGAACCAAAUCCCUCUAGGACGUGAUGUCCAUAGCCUUGUCAUGAGAAACGACGGGGCCAUCUACUAUAAUAAUGAGGAAAAGAACAGACUACCAGCAAACAGUUUACCCCAAGAAGGUGAUGUUGUGGGCAUUACAUAUGAUCAUGUAGAAUUAAACAUAUAUUUAAAUGGGAAAAAUAUGCAUUGUCCAGCUUCUGGGAUAAGAGGGACCGUCUAUCCUGUUGUUUAUGUUGACGACAGUGCAAUUUUGGACUGCCAGUUCAGUGAAUUUUAUCACACGCCUCCAGCUGGCUUCGAGAAGAUUCUCUUUGAGCAGCAGAUUUUCUAACGACUGACUCCUACUGCAGUCACACAGCUUUGUCCUCACUACCUAAAACUGCAAGACGCGUAACUGAAAUGUGCUUUUUUUUUUUUUUUCCUCAAUGGCACAGGCUUUUCAGGUCUUCUUUGUGUGAGUAUUUAAUAUGGUGUCCCCGUCCUUUUGAUGGACCUCCUCUAAAAUCUGCCCAUACCUGCUACAAAACUGUUUAUGGGCAGGUGUUGCAUAUCUACAUGUAAAUAUAAAAUACUAAGUGCGUUUCCUUUCUUUGUGCUGUAUUAUUUGUGAUUGUAUUUAUUUUGCAAUAUUCUGUUUUUUUAUUUUGUGAGCUCAGGGCCCUCAUCAUGGAAUUAAGUUAUUAUAAUGCUUCGCUCCCUAUAGAAUUACUGUACAGAGACUCUGUGCAUUAACACUACAACAAUGAAAACCCUCUACUGCCAAGGGGCCUGCAAUUCAUCCUAUACACUAAACACUCUCCCAAUUGUUUUUUCUUAUUUGAAGCAAUGUGUCAUUUGUGUGUGUUAUUAAUUCCCAGAGUGCCUUAUGGUACAUUCUGUUGCUGACACUGUUUGGGAUAUUGCAUGUUAAUUCUCCCACACUGACCAGUGGUUUUCUCCAGAUUAAAACCAUGGAGUGCCUGCUUGGAUGCUUAUGAGGUAAUACUGAUAAUGGACAUUUUAUUGUCCUCCUCCUUGCUAAAUUUUAUUGUGUAAUACUUUAGAUGUAGAAUUCUGCACUUUUGUCAUUGGCAGCAUUUGUCGUCACCUAAAUUCCGCUGGUAGAGUACAGCUUUGUGUUUGUAUUUAUGAUCGAACCUUCAUACCUGAAUUCUGCACUAAAAAAAAAUCUAAUUGGCACAGUAAAUGUUAAUGUUUCCAUGUAUUUUGUGGUAAUUAUUUAAUAGAACAUUUUUAUUCAUUAAUACUAAAAGGAUAUUAUUACCCAAACGUCAGCUUCUUCCAUAUGAAAGUAUUUUGUAUCAUGCAUAAAGUUGUAUUUUGAUUUUCAGAAAUAAAAACCGAAAUGGAUCCUACAACUUUUCAGCUUUAUAAAAUAUUUCUGUUUUUUAAUUACUAAUUAGUACUGGGCAGUUUUCUUUUCCAAAAUAUAUAUUUUUCACAAAAUGACCUAUAUCAUAGCUAGUCUGGGGAUGUUAUCUUUAGCCUUGAGAUGCUUUUCUUCCCUGAGCCUCUGUUAAGGUUGCAGAAUCCUGUAGUGAAGAAAUUGUAAGCAUUUUGUUUCCCAGCAACGUCAAAGCUGCCACCUGUUUCCCCAUUGUGGAUAAAAUUGAUUCAAGUAUGAAACACCUGCCUGUUUUUGCCAGAAAGUAUGGGCUACAGCAAUCAUUAUGCUGAUGCAGAUUGGCUGCAGUGGAAAUCGCUUGAAAAACUCAUUGCUUAACAAUACAGAUGCUUUGACUUCAUUUUCCUUAAACUCUUAACUGCUUGUAACGAAUAGGACUAUUUACUUCUUUUUUUUUUUUUUAGCUGUGCUCGAGUGGAAGUACAAAGAAAGCAGUAAUAUUGGUAUGGGUACAUUUAUGUGCUGACAGAUAUUUAUGAAUUAUGCAUAUUGGUCAGUUAAAGUGGACCUGUCACCCAGACACAAAAAUCUGUAUAAUAAAAGUCCUUUUCAAAUUAAA